AUGCAUUUCUCCCUAGUCUUGCUCGUGUUUGCUGCCAUCGUGAUCCCAAUUUGUGCAGACACAUCGACGACCAAGGAUUACGAUGACAAAAAAUCGCUGCAGACAAGUAACUUUGGGACAGCUGCUGUGGCAAAUAUGCUACACGUAUUGCAAAGCUCAGACAAUAGUAAGAGGCUUCUCAGGAUGAACGACAAAGCGGUCAUCAGUGAUCAUGAGGAAGAAAGAAGCUCUCUGGUCAAGAAUAAGCAAAAGAAGCUUAGUUAUCGCAUCAAAAAGGGGUGGGAAAACGUGAAGAAACCUUUUAAGAAAAGCGCGAAGAUUAUCGAAAAGCCUUUAAAGAAGGGCUCGAAGAUUAUCAUCGAACCUUUUAAAAAGGUCUCGAAGAUUAUCAAGAAGUUUGCUAUAAAGGGCGCGAAGAUUGUCAAGAAGCCUUUUAAGAAAAGCGCAAGGAUCAUCAAGAAGUCUUUUAAGAACCUAAAUUGA